AUGAAGUACGGCAUCGUCUCCGUCGCCUGGCUCGCCGUGGCCGGGCUCACCGUGGCCGCGCCUCCGCAGGCCCGGCUCGACCCCGUGAACCCGCUGCUGGAGUGGCAAGAGCCCGGCGGCUGCUCCGGCGGCUGGAGCGAGGAGUGCAUGGGCACCGCCGCCUUCUGCGCCACGCGGGACGAGGCGCCGUGCCUCAAGAAGCGCAAGGCACCGCCGAGGGCGCAAGCCCCGGGCGAGUCUUCGGCAGCUGAAGUUCCCCUGCGAGCCCGCAAUGUGCGGGAGCGCGGUCUCCGCUGA